AUGGCGGCGGCAACGACGACGGCGUCGAGUGAAGCAUCUGCUGCACAGGCCCCGCUUCUAACCAUCCUCCACUUCAAUGAUGUCUAUGAGAUCCAGCCGCGUGCAGAGGAGCCCGUGGGGGGCGCGUCCAGGUUUGCCACAGCAUUAAAACAAUUUAAAGCACUAAAUCCCCUGAUCCUUUUUAGUGGUGACUGUUUAAAUCCUUCCCUUCUAAGUACAACUACAAAAGGACGACACAUGAUACCAAUUCUCAAUGCUUUUGGAGUACAGUGUGCAGUAUUUGGAAAUCAUGAAUUUGACUUUGGUGUUGACCUGUUGGAAGAAAUAAUAUCAGAGAUGACCUUCCCUUGGUUGCUCAGCAAUGUAUAUGACUUAUUUACUUCUGAACCACUAGGACAUGGUAUAGAAAGCAAGAUAUUAGAAUGGAAUGGUGUAAAAAUUGGUUUGAUGGGAUUGGUGGAGGAAGAAUGGAUUGAUACUUUACCAACUAUCGAUAAGACAAAUGUGAACUUUAUUGAUUAUGUCGUUGUUGCUAACCAACUUUCUCAAGAUCUUCAAACCAAAGGUGCACAACUUCUGAUUGCCUUGACACACAUGAAAUGGAGUAAUGAUAUUAGACUUGCAAGAAAUGCUGACGGAUUAAACCUAAUUCUAGGAGGUCAUGAUCAUGACUAUGGCACUAAAGUGAUUAAUGGAACUCUAAUCAUCAAAAGUGGAUCAGACUUCAGAAGCCUAACCAAAAUUGACAUUACAAGAACUCUUGAGAAUGAUUACAAGUACAGCACACAAAAGGUAGACAUUGUAAAAGAUUUGGAGGAAGAUACUUUUGUGAGCAACAUUGUCCAUGAAUUUACAUAUAAUUUGGAGCACCUGAUGGAAGAAGUGCUUUGUCAGAUAGAGGUAGAACUGGAUGGCCGUUUCACCACAGUAAGAAAAUCAGAAAGCAGUCUAGGGAACCUUGUUACCAAUGCCAUGCUUGAAGCCACGCAUGCUGAUGUGGCUUUGCUUAAUUCAGGGACUUUGCGCUCAGAUCGCUUACAUCCACCAGGUAACUUCACCAUGCACGAUCUAUUGUUGGUUUUGCCUAUCGUGGAUCCACUCUUGGUUGUCCAGGUGACAGCAGAACAACUAUUGGAAGCUUUAGAAAAUGGUGUCAGCAUGUAUCCAGAACUUGAUGGAAGGUUUCCUCAAGUGGCAGGAUUAGAAUUUGGAUUUGAUCCAAGUGCAGAGCCUGGACAUAGAAUUGUUAUGGACUCGGUCAAGGUACAGGGACAAUACUUGGACAAAAACAGAACAUACUUACUUGCAAUCAAGGAAUACCUAGCCAAGGGGAAAGACGGAUAUGUGAUGUUCCGUAAUUGUCAGUGGAUGGUUGAUACAGAAACGGCUCCCAGUCUUUCCACUGUUGUCGUCAACCACUUUGAAUCAGUAAAAAUUGUUCAAGGACUUAAAAAAUGUAAAUCUGGACAUCGGAUGGGUUUAAUCAAAGUCUCACACUCUGCAUCCAUAACAGAUUUUGAAAAGAAAGCUGAUGACAAAAUUGUAGUUGCGCCUGUCCCUGAUGUAGAAGGAAGAAUAUAUCAUGUAACUGAAGACAUGAAACCACACCUCAGGCAACUACGUUCUGAACGAGAAAUAGGUCAAAGGACAUUUCCCUUAGAUCUUCGUGGUGCAAAUAACUCUCUUGGUUGCGAAUUAAAAUAG